AUGAGUGCGAGUAUCAACGACCCCUUCCUCCUCUCGAGCUAUGCUCUCUCCCCCCGUCUUGCUCGCCCGACACCGACCUCGUCCUCGUCGGAGACACCAUCUUCUAGGCAAUGCUCGCAUCUCCUCGUGAAUCAUCGGCAUACAUUGUCUAAUGAGAAAGACGAUGGUCUGGUAACGGUAGCUGUCCAGGGAGAUGGCGUACAUGUCUUGGACCUUUCGACUUUGCAUCCAGCAAUCUCGCAUACUUUGGGGCCAUCUGUUACGUUCUCAUGUCCUCCUGCGACUCGAACCACACGCAAAGAUGGCAUCACGUAUUGCACGACAUUUGCGGUCAUUGACUCGUCACCUGAGACUCUGCCGGAGGAUCGAGGGCGGAACGUCUGGGCGUGGGAGGAGCAAAUCACUGGGGGUGUGAUGUCCGGGGACGUGCAGAAGAAGAGAAAGUCUGCUCUGAUGCCCCAUGCCAUUUCGUAUAUCUAUGCUCCUGAUGAUCUUCCAGAUUUGAUUCUUGUCGUUAGUCACUCUGGAGAGUUGACAGUGGCAGACAUGGACUUGAAUUUGCAGCCAACUCUUACUGAACAGCAAAUAGAUGCUGAAAGUGUUAUGCUCAAGCACUUUGUGUUCCCUCGCACAUCUUGCAGCUUCGUACCAAAUCGUUCUGUACCGUCUCAUGGCGUCAUUGCAGUAUCUGUCCUAAAAUGCGCCGACCAUCUGCAACUCAUCGUGGUCGCGAUAGAUCGUGAAGGAGAGACCCAGCCGGUAGGCGACUGCGAAAUAUCUCUAAACGACCCGAAUGUCGCCGAAAUAUCGUUCAGCCCAUCCGGCUGUUUAACUGUUCUGACGCGCGCUGGGAUUUGGUCAUCCUUCCAACUCCAUCCGAACCCUGCCUCACCCUCCUCUUCCUUCACAACUAGUCCGCUAACAGAAUCUCUACAUCUUUCCUCUCUAACCUUCAUAUACCAUGGCAACGAUGCCGUAACAUCAUCCUCCGACCAUCGCCUUGCCGAACUCUCCCUUCUUGCCCUUACCUCCUCACAUGUCCUUCUUUCUGGCAUCUUAACCGGCGGCCAACCCGAGAUCGUGCUCCUCCUUUGGGACGUGCAGUACGGAGUACUGCUGACCGAGCAGCGCUGUAGCGUGCCCUCGACGCUGGGACGCACAAGGCACCGCGGCAUCCACAUGGAGCUCGUCGCGGCAUCCGACGGGCAGGCACUGCUCGCGCUCUCCCCCUCCGGAGACUCCACCCGCCCGAACGACGGCUCCGCUCUCUGCUCGAGCGUGCUCGUCGUGCCAUAUAUCGUGCCUUCCACGUCGACCAUCGCCAACGCCCGCGGGCGCGCGGCCGCAGGGCAAGCAUGGCUGAAGGCACUGCCGAUGAAGAUGAGCGUGCAGCCAGGUGGCAUGGACGCAGGCCAGGCGUGGCUACUCUCGACGCUGUCUGGAAUGUUGGAUCACAGGAAGGAGCAGGAGGCGGAAAGGGUGUUUGUGGACUGGGUGAAGGAGCAGGAGGCUGUGCUCGGUGCUCAAGAGGCAGAGGGCCCAAAGCCAUACCUGGGGUACAUCUUUGUGAAGCGCCUACUGGAUAUUGUGCUGAAGGCGCCCCCUGAGGAGAGUACAAGUGGAGAUGCAAGCGCAAACGCAGCUCCAGUUGUAUUGGCUUACCUGCCAAAGCUGACGAGAUUCUUGUUGGAGAAACGGGCGGUGAGCAACGGGAUGGUGGAGGGUGGAUUGAUUGCUGCCUUGAGAAUGCGGCAGGAUUGGCAAUCGAUCACUGUGGCUAUGGAGACAGUCUCUGACCUUCCAGAAACCGACAUAAUCACACUCCUCGCAGAAACGGUUACUCGCCACCGGCAAUCUGCCUCCCAUGAGGACGCCAUGCAGGUCGACUUGCCCUCUGGGACGUUCUCCCUCCUAGCCUUCCUCGCAUUGUGCAUAAAUUAUCCCACGUCUCCCGCUGCUCUGCGGGUGGCGUUACACCAGCAGCUCUCGGAGGCCGGAAGUCUUGUAGCCGUGCUCGAUGCCCUCGAUGGAUGGGUCGAGCAUUCGUUUGCCCAAGAGAUCCAGCUGCUCCCGGAUGGGCUGAAGAAGGACGCACAUAGCAUUCUCGUGCCGGUUUAUGUGGAAAGUAAGAAGGUCGAUCUUCCCCCGGUGGAUAAGGUCCUCUCAUUCAUUCAAGCCAUCCUGGAUGCCUCCUUCCUCACCCUGCUCGCCCAUAAGCCUGCCCACAAGCUCCUGCGUACGCUUCUCUCGCGUCUGCAGCCCGAACUCGCGGUCCUAUCCGAGCUGGAAGCGUUGCGCGGCCCCCUACAGCCUUUUGCGAAGACACAUGCGCAUGCGGUGCACGAGGGUGCACAUGGCAUCCCAAAGGUGGAUACCAGUGUGGACUGGCGCAGGCGAAAGAAGGCGACGCAGCAGCAAGCAGAGAUGGCAUUAGGGUUGUAUCAGAUGGAGGAGCUUGUCAUCUAG